UAGAGACUGUUGUGUGCGAAAUUCCUAGGAGAUCAGCAGUUUCUGAAAUACUCAAACCAACCUUUCUGGUGCCAGCAUCCAUACCAUGAUCAUUCAUGCCUGAUCGGCCGUUCCCACUGCGCUCCCCGUGCUGUCUCACCUGCCACUGCUGCCAUGACACGCUCUAAGACCUUUCAGGCCUACUUACCCAACUGCCAUCGCACAUACAGCUGUAUCCACUGCAGAGCUCAUUUGGCCAACCACGACGAGCUUAUCUCCAAGUCUUUUCAAGGUAGUCAAGGCAGAGCAUAUCUUUUCAACUCUGUGGUAAAUAUUGGUUGUGGACCAGCAGAGGAGAGAGUGCUGCUGACAGGUCUUCAUGCUGUGGCUGACAUCUACUGUGAAAAUUGCAAAACAACACUGGGUUGGAAAUAUGAACAUGCCUUUGAAAGCAGUCAGAAGUACAAGGAGGGCAAGUUCAUCAUUGAGCUUGCCCACAUGAUCAAGGACAAUGGGUGGGACUGACUUCCUUAAUACUCCUGUGGACCUGUGGUAUGAAUGCAUAGCUUUUUCCUGGAAACUCACCCACCUGACCUACAUCUUGAGGAUGUGAGAUAUAUAUAAUCAGUCCUGUGCCUCUCCUGUGUGCACAUGUGCACGCAUGUCUUUGUCAGCAUCACAUUGAGAAUUUGGGUUCUAACAGAGUUAUUUCUCAAUUCAAGUCAGCAAAUCCAGUACAUCCUCACAGCACAUCCAUGCUUGCAUAAAGACAGUGAAACCAGGUAGCUGGAUUUAAUAGGUUUCACAAAACCCACUUCAGUUCUACUUGCAGGCUUCCCCAAUGGCUGGACCCAUGGAGAAAAUAGAUUUAGUGUAGCAUCUUAUAGACCCCUUGCACAUGAUGUCAUGCAUCACAUGAUAAUUUCUCCUGGCAGACAACCAGACACUGUCUUUCCUGUAAGCAAGUUUUAAUCUGUCUUAAAUAUGGUUCAUUUUUGUGCUGUUUUUGGUUGUUACAAUCAUUCAAAUAGAGAAAAAGAUCAAAGGUAUUACCGUCUCCCUGGAACUUUGUCUUGAAUUGAUUGUGGCUUAAGAACUUGACUUGGGCAUUUCUUUAGAAAGGAAAUAUCUCUAAUCCGGGAGUAAGAGAUUUUUUUCACAGCAGUAGGAAGAACUCAGUACGCCAUUUUAUCUAUAACUGUCAGUGAAUCCCUUUGUUUCACUCCAGCUUCAAUAGCCCACAACAACGAUGCUAUGUGAGAGCAGCUCUCUUCAAGGCCUGCCAUACAGUCUCACUGUGCGGCCAUGAUCUUGCCAUUUUUUUCACCGACAAUCCAUGGAGUUAAAGAUUUUUCGGUCAUUCUUUGUGAGUGAUUAACCUGGAAUAGAAUAUAAGUUGUAUUCAGCCACAUAACUUUUGCUUGUAAGUUUAUUUCUGGUGAAUGAAGUGGUGGUCAGAUAAACCAGUUUGGCUGCUGUUAUGUAAAGAGCUAAUGAAACUGUCUCUGACUGUUUUCGCAAUUUAGAAGCCAAUGCACGGUCAAGAUACCUUCAGAAAAUGGCUCUUUACGAUGUGGUAGAUUUAGUGCAGCACACAACCUUAUAUUCUAGUAAGGAAGGAUUUUUCCGGUGAUUUGGAAAAUUAUCCAUCCGUUGAGUUCUCACGACAUCCCAAACUACCUGGUGCUGCAGACAUCGUUCAACAUGGACAAACAGAUGAAAACCUGGAAAAGCAUGUAGGCGUACAACUUUUUAUACAUGCUUGGGUUAAAGAUCUGGAGAUCAAGACACUACGGGAUAAAUCCCGUAUCAUUUUUGCCUGGGCAAGUAAGCAUUUUGGGGGUUUUUGUACGCGCCUUUGCAAUGAUUGUUAAGACAUUACAAGUUUUAGUAUUGCGUGUAAACAAACCACAGCCACUUGAUUCUCAAUCCUCCCUGCUCUUUUCUUCCAGCAAAUUAUAAGUUUUUUUGUUUUGUUUUUUAUAAAAACAGAGAAAAUACAGUGAGAAGGUGCAAUCCAACAUCUAUAGAGGUAACACUAGGCCACAAAUCUUUUUCGUCACUCUAAUUGUUUUGAGGAAUUUUGUAUGGAUCAUAACCACUAAUAAACGCCAAUUUCCACAUAUAUCUAUCCUUUGCUUCUUUCUGACUUAGAUUAUCCAAGUAAUCUG